CACAACUUCUUUUCCAAUUAAAUUUGGAAAAUUAUUUCUAUCACAAAAGAAGGAAAACAUUGCAAAAUGGGAUCAAACGAGCUGUUUACAAGAUCCGUGUACAUGCAGUCAUCGGUCUAUUCGAAUAAUUCAAAAAGCAGUACAUCUAGUUCAUCUUCAAAUUCCAUUCCUACUCAAAGUGCUCCAGCGAUGAAUGCUGCUUCCUCUCCAAGCAAAGAGCCAGCAAAGCAAGAAAAAGAGGAUGACAAGAAGGAGGUAGAAGAGAAGAAAGAAAUUGAGAAGUCGGUAGAGGCGAAGGUGGAGGGAAAAGUGAAGGCAAAGGUCGAGUCCACGCAGAAUACGGACAAUAGUCAAGAAUUGAAAGCUCCCGAAGAGAAACCAAAGAAGAAGAAGAAAAAAAAGUCUAAUCUCAUUGUUUCGGCUUCUGUUGAGAAACUAUCAAUUGUCCCUGAAAAGGAAGACUUUUCAAUCUUGGAGAAAAAGCUUCGCGAGUUCAAUUUCUACCACGGCUUUUUGCCUCGAGAGGAUCUUCACACAACUUUGCACAAUCCAGGCGAUUUCCUUCUUCGAGUUUCUGAAGUUGUGGAAGGAGAGCACAAAGUCAAUCGGGAAGUGAUUCUAUCACUCAUUCCAGUGUCCACGGUAUCAAAAGACGAGGAGGAUAGGAAGAAGGUCCGCAACGUUGUCAUAAAACGUGUAACAAACUUAUUCUUCUGUGAGAUUACUCGAACCUUUGAGUCAAUUUCGGAUCUUGUCACUUACUACACAAAGAACCCUGGAGGAUGUGCAUCUGGAACAUUUCAAUUAAAACAUCCAAUUCUUCAGCAAUCAUGGGAAUUUAUGCAUUCGGACGUAACAGUUGGAAAAGUUCUCGGAGAAGGAGCAUUCGGAAAAGUUUGCUCUGGAACUUUGAAGCUUAAAGAUGGAACGAAUGUUGAUGUUGCGAUUAAAAUGACAAAAGUGUCGGCAUUCCUCAGCAAAAUGAAGAUCAAGGAAAUGAUGAAUGAAGCGAGAUUUAUUCGAAACUUCAAUCACAAAAAUGUCGUUCGUUUGUAUGGAGUUGCGCAUCACGAACAGCCGCUCUACAUUCUGCUGGAAUUGGUGAAAGGUGGAUCUUUGCAAGAUCAUAUGAAGAAGGAGAAAGGAGCUGUUUCAAUUGUGGAGAAAAUCAAGUUUUGUUCUGGUGCAGGUAGAGGUAUCGAGUAUUUGCAUCAAAACAAUUGUAUUCAUCGUGACAUCGCUGCUCGAAACUGUCUUCUCCACGAAAAAGAAGUCAAGAUUACCGACUUUGGUCUCUCCCGAACUGGACCAGUCUACAAAAUGAAGACUGCUUGCAAGCUUCCAGUCAAAUGGCUUGCUCCGGAGACUUUGUCAACACUCUCGUUCUCCUUUGCCACUGAUACGUACAGUUGGGGAGUCACUUGCUACGAAGUGUUUGCUGAUGGUGUAGAACCCUUCUUUGGAAUUCAAAAUUCCGUGGUGAAGACCGAUAUUCUUGCGAACAAGUUCCUGCAGAUGCCUCCAACCACCCCUGAGUCUAUCAAGAAGUACAUGGAAGCUUCGAUUUUUGUCGAAGGAUCGCGUCGUGCUACAAUGACGUCGGCAAUUGCAGAGUUCGAAAAGAUCAAGUCGGCUCUAGAACGUCCUCCUUCUGAUAUGUUAUCCGUUGGAGCUGGAGCAAAGAAAGUAAUGAAACUACUGAAGAGAAAUAAGCAAGAGAAGUAUUCAAAAGGAGAUUGAACUUGGAUUUUUUGAAAUAAAGGUUUUGAAUAGUA